GAAUUGGGCGUGAUUUUCUGCGACGAUGGCGUCGCUUCCGCUGUACGUCCGCGCAAGCGCUGCCGCCGGCGCGCUCGCGACCGCAGCCUUUGGUGGCUACAUCUACUCGCAUGUGGAGACGGUGCCCGAGACAGGCCGCCGGCGCCUCAUGCUCAUGACCCCACAGGCCGAGCGGCGCUUGGGCGAAAUGAGCUUUCGCGAGAUCCUUCGCGACAACAGGGAUGCGAUCGUGCCGCCAAGCGACCCGCGGGCCAAGAUGGUGCGCGCCGUGGGCGAGCGCAUCGCAGCUGCGUCCAAGCGACCCGACUUCAAGUGGGACUUUGUCGUGAUCGAGUCGCCCGAGCCCAAUGCGUUUUGUCUUCCCGGUGGCAAGAUUUGCGUGUACACGGGGCUCUUCAAGCUACUGCGCAACCAAGACAGCCUCGCGGCCGUGCUAAGCCAUGAAGUCGCGCACGCGCUCGCACGUCACAGCGCCGAGCAGCUCUCGGUGGGCAACCUCUUCUCUCUCUUUCUACUCUUUCUGUCUCCGGAAGCGAGCACGCUUGCAUCUUCGGCGUUCGCACUGGGGGUGAACCUGCCAAAGUCGCGUGCGCACGAGUCGGAAGCCGACGCGAUCGGGCUUGAGCUCAUGGCCAAAGCCUGCUACGAUCCGCGCGCGAGCCCGGCGAUUUUUGCCGAUUGGGCCAAAAUGGACGCGCCAAAGUCGCUCAAGUACUUUUCAACGCACCCGCCGAGCGCCGAGCGGGCCAAAGACCUUAUGAACCAGCUCGGCACGCCACUGCGUCACUUUGAUACGCAUUGCCACGACGUGCGCCGGCAUUUUCAACAGACAUAG